GUAAUAUUGAAUUUUCGAUAAAACGUGUAGAAAUAUUUUUUUAGAGCAUAUUACGGUUUUAACACGAUAAAAAUUCUUAUUGAAUAAUGACAGAUAAAAAGGAUAAUAAGCAAUCAGGGGAUGAUUUAGCAACUGCAAUACUCAAACCAAAAGAUAAACCAAAUCGUUUACUUGUAGAUGAAGCUAUAAAUGAUGAUAAUUCUGUCGUUUCCUUAUCACAACGUAAAAUGGAUGAAUUAGAACUAUUUCGGGGAGAUACAGUUUUAUUAAAAGGAAAAAAAAGAAGGGAUAGUGUUUGUGUAGUACUUUCAGAUGACACUAUACCAAAUGAAAAAAUUAGAAUGAAUAGAGUUGUUAGAAACAAUUUAAGGGUAAGAAUAGGCGAUAUUGUGAGUAUACAACCUUGCCCUGAUAUACAAUAUGGUAAAAGAAUUCAUGUUUUGCCUAUUGAUGAUACAGUUGAAGGAUUAACUGGAAAUUUAUUUGAGGUUUAUCUCAAGCCAUAUUUUAUGGAAGCCUACAGACCAGUAAGAAAAGGUGACAUAUUAUUGGUAAGAGGUGGAAUGAGGGCUGUAGAAUUUAAAGUUGUAGAAACAGACCCAUCACCUUAUUGUAUUGUAGCUCCAGACACGGUUAUUCAUUUUGAAGGUGAACCUGUUAAAAGAGCUGAAGAGGAGGAGUCAUUAAAUGAGGUAGGUUAUGAUGAUAUAGGUGGAUGUAGAAAGCAGCUUGCACAAAUUAAAGAAAUGGUGGAAUUGCCUUUGAGACACCCAGGCUUAUUUAAAGCUAUUGGUGUUAAACCACCAAGAGGUAUACUGUUAUAUGGGCCACCUGGAACAGGAAAAACUCUGAUUGCAAGGGCAGUUGCAAAUGAGACAGGAGCUUUUUUCUUUUUAAUAAAUGGACCAGAGAUUAUGAGUAAAUUGGCUGGUGAAUCUGAGAGUAAUCUCCGAAAAGCUUUUGAAGAAGCUGAAAAAAAUGCACCAGCAAUUAUUUUUAUAGAUGAGUUAGAUGCAAUAGCUCCAAAAAGGGAAAAGACUCACGGUGAAGUUGAAAGAAGAAUAGUUUCACAAUUGCUCACAUUGAUGGAUGGUCUUAAGCAAAGAGCUCAUGUUAUUGUAAUGGCUGCCACCAAUAGACCCAACAGUAUAGAUCCAGCCCUCAGAAGAUUUGGGCGAUUUGAUCGUGAAGUUGACAUCGGUAUUCCAGAUGCCACUGGGCGACUUGAGAUUAUGCGGAUCCACACGAAAAACAUGAAACUGGCACCUGAUGUAGAAUUGGAGACUGUGGCGGGUGAGACGCACGGACAUGUGGGAGCCGAUUUGGCAGCUCUUUGCAGUGAGGCCGCUUUUCAACAAAUACGGGAGAAGAUGGAAUUGAUUGAUCUUGAGGAAGAACAGCUAGAUGCAGAAGUCUUGAACAGUUUGGCCGUGACCCAGGCUAAUUUUAGAUUUGCGUUAGCCAAGAGCAGCCCUAGCGCUCUGAGAGAAACCGUUGUUGAAAUACCUAACGUCACGUGGGAAGAUAUUGGCGGACUGGACAACGUUAAACGCGAAUUGCAGGAAUUAGUCCAAUACCCAGUGGAGCACCCCGAAAAAUUCCUCAAAUUCGGCAUGACACCUUCUCGGGGCGUCUUGUUUUACGGGCCGCCUGGUUGUGGUAAAACCCUCCUGGCCAAAGCUAUUGCCAACGAAUGCCAAGCCAAUUUCAUCAGCGUCAAAGGGCCAGAAUUGCUCACCAUGUGGUUUGGAGAAUCCGAGGCUAAUGUUAGGGACCUCUUUGAUAAGGCUCGUUCAGCAGCCCCCUGUGUUCUAUUUUUUGACGAACUAGAUUCGAUAGCAAAAUCAAGAGGGGGCGGCGUAGGAGAGGGUGGUGCUGCUUCGGAUCGUGUUAUCAAUCAAGUCCUUACUGAGAUGGAUGGCAUGAGUAGCAAGAAAAACGUUUUCAUAAUAGGCGCUACCAAUAGGCCCGACAUAAUAGAUCCCGCCAUUUUAAGGCCUGGUAGAUUGGACCAACUUAUUUACAUACCCCUACCGGAUGAAGGUAGCAGACAAGCAAUUCUCAAAGCCAAUCUUCACAAAAGUCCUAUUGAUAAGGAUGUCGACCUCAUUUUUUUGGCUAAAAUGACGCCCGGUUAUAGUGGAGCUGAUCUCACCGAAAUUUGUCAACGAGCCUGCAAAUUGGCCAUCAGGGAAUCCAUCGAAGCCGACAUUCAAAGGGCCAAGAGGCAAAUCGACAAUCCGGAUAAGAUGGCCAUGGAAGAAGACGAGGAUCCAGUACCGGAAAUACGACGUGACCACUUUGAAGAGGCCAUGAGAUGUUCUCGCCGUUCUGUCAGUGAUAACGAUAUUCGCAAGUACGAGAUGUUCGCUCAAACCCUACAACAGAGCCGGGGUUUUGGAACCAGUUUCAGAUUCCCCAAUAGCAAUAAUUCGAAUAACUCCGAUAAUAUCGGCUUGGGACCUACUGGGAAUAGCGUUAGUAGGAAUCCUGCCAAUCCCACAUCUAAUCACCAUCCUAAUACAGAAGAAGGGGACGAUGAUUUGUACAGUUAAAACGCCUUUUUUUAAGAAGCUGUUUGUAACGGAAUAUUUCAUUUUGUUCUUUUUUUACAUUUUAGAUAAUUUUACUUUAAUGUAUUAAAUAUUUUUUUCUCCACUUAUUUUAUAUUAAAAUAUACAAUAUAUGCAUUCUCAUAACAACCAUAAUCUAAAACCAAUAAUUUCCUUAAAACAUUUUUUUAUCUCGCACUAUAUUCGGCAUAUUUAAACAAAUUAAUAAU